CCUUAUAUUAAAGCUAAUAAUAAGAUUUAAAUAAAACUGAAGUCAUUUCAAGAUAUUAGACAUUGUUAAAUAAGGUCCCAAGCAUCUUAAAGGAAUAUCAUCCCCGUAUUUGUUCUCUGGAUGCGGGUUUGUUUACCCCCAUAAGCCACUCACUAUUAAUGGAGAAUAUUUCCCGUCAUAUUAACAAAUGCCAGAAACUAUCGCCUGAUUUAAGAGUGAGAGAUCGUUCAAUCGCAAGACGUCAACUAGUGUAUUCCAACAUUGUGGACAAAAGGACAGUCGGCUGGAUGGUGUCGCCACUAUGUGUGUGCCGUCGGGCGUGGAGCUCCUUCAUCAACGUCGACAAGAUCAUGAUCUUACGGCGUCUGGUGGACUUCCUGACGAGCUUAGCCCCUCUCACCACCCUAGUUAUCAUAGUGCUACUGAGCUACUACUCCUAUCAGCUCAUGGAGGCAAGCGGAGUCAACACUGUCAUUGUCUAUUUUUUCAUAAUUGAAAUUUUUGGAAACUGGCUCUUAUUUUUCUUUACCAAGAGUUACAUCGACAAGUCUUCAGGAAACAGCGAACUGGCCCCUGGUCUAUCACACGAUGACUGCAGACAACUGCGCUACUGCCCAACAUGUAACAUCUACAAGCCAGAGCGCAGCCACCACUGUUCUCUCUGUGACCGCUGCAUACAUCAACGAGACCAUCACUGCUUUUUCUUGGGCACGUGUGUUGGGGGAUACAAUCUCUGUUACUUCAUCCUCUUCUGUUUUUAUGCUUGUAUAGGGUGUAUCUACUCAGCCAGACUGCUUCAUCACUACUACUCUGGCACGUACUUAAGAACGUUCUUGUCGUCUGAGUUCAUGUAUUACUUCUACCCCUUCACUCUAGUAAUGUGGCUAUUGGGCAAGGCUGAGUUGGCUGAAGUAGGCUGGGUGACGUUGAUCUAUGUGUCUUCAGCAACUGUUGUGUUUACGGGUUUUUGUGUCAUCCAGCAGUUGGUGUACGUCCUCAGAGGCCAAACAGCGUACGAAUACAACAAAGGUCUUCUUAUGGUCCAUAGGUCAGCGUUCCACAAUUUCCUUCAUGUGUUUGGACGUUACUGGAUUCUGAACAUCCUAAUUCCAUUUCCUCGGCGACAUAUGGCCACUGACCCUAGAAGCUUCCUCAAGAUAGUGUGAAGUUGUGUACGCUUGUGUGUAUGGGUGUAUGUGUGAAUCACUCGGCCUAAUGUCUUAAGCGUUUUUGGUGCCAUCUGACUAUCUGAAGAAUCCAGUAUUACCACAUCUUGCAAAUAAGGUACCGGGUGGCUGUCACAGUAUUACCACAUCUUGGCAGUAAGGUAUCUGGAGACAGUCACUACUGGUUAUGUUAUAUUAUUUAAAGUUUUAUUUUGCAUUAUUUUUUUACAUUAUCAUAUACAUAUAAGCUCUAAAAAUAAUGAUUAUUAUUUUCAGUUAUGCAAGUCAGUGCACUAAAGUUGAUAUAAGUUUUAGCUGGCACCAUUUGGAGUCUUCAUUCCUGCUGUUGCUCAUCAUCAUUGCUGAGAACGGCCAUAUUUUCAUGAUGAGUGUUCAAAGCUUUUUUAUUAUAUAUAUAUAUAUAGUCUGUGACCUGAGAAAAUGAAGGUGAUUAAUGGAAAGUUUCAUAUCUUCACCAUUGCUUGGCCAUUUUAUAUUUAGAUGUUAUAUAUUAUAUCUUAUUUAAUUUAUUGUGAAACUAAUGUGUAAAACUCUCCGUUAUUGAUUUUUAUUGAUAUAUAAUGUAGUUGAUUUGAAUGAUUUAUUGUAGUGAUGUUGGGACACAAAUUGCCAGGUUUUAUCAGUGAGGACUUGUAGGUUCUCUUAUCAGUAUCGUUAAGCUUGUACCAGAAAGAAACAUGUGCAGUGGUCACCCAUAAGACAUCAACUGAUUGGCAGGAGCUCUUGUUUCUGUUAUUUUAUUUCCACAAAUAGGUAAAAGUAGUGCAUAAGUUUUAUAAAAAUAAUAUUUGAUCUCUUCAUAGGGUUCCAAUAAUUUCCAAGUAUAAUUCUCCGACGUGUGUUCUGUCAACCCGAGUGAAGUGUGACGUCGUACUUCACCUAACCAUAUCAUGAUGAAACUUAUGCCAGUACCACACAUAUCAUAACAUUAAGAAACAGCCAUCAUUAAAUACAGUGUGUUCAGUAAGUAACACAGCCUAUGCAAUAAUAUAACUAUGGUUACUAGUGUAAAUAUCUUCUAUGUUCAGCUGUGAACAUAUUUCUUGCUUCUCUUACCUGAAACAAAAAAUAAUAGGUUGUGUUAAUAGUUUUAUUUUAAUUGCGUCAGAAAAAAUUUACUUAUUGAAUUCUAUGUGUUGCAUUACUUACUGAACAUCCUGUGGGUUGUUUAAGAUUAUUUUCCUAUGAUUUUGGUAACUGAACGUUCAUUUAGAGUAUGUGACAAUCUCGUGUAGAUGACAGUAUGACGGUCAGUGUGAUCUGUAAGGUAGUCUUAUAGCCUAAGCUUGUCAAGGAUGCCAUGUGAGUAUUGUAUGUACCCAGGGAAGUUCUAUCCCACAAUGGCUGGGAUAUAAUGCAACAAUGAGUGUUAUCAUCAGUGUCCUGCAGGCUAAGUAAGAAGACAUUACUUUAAAAGGCUAUGAUUUUAAGAGAGAUGUUCAUAAUGCAGGACAUUUAAGAUUUGUUCGCCUCUGUAUUCAUUAUAUAUCAACAUAACUGACCACACUACUGCCAGAUGGUCAUCUCACAUCUCCACAUGUUUCAGGGCAAAUAAAACAGUUUUUACAGCUGUUCUCUCACCUGUUAAGGGAAAAAUGAAGGGUGUUUCCACAUGUUUAAUUUAAAAAGUACAGUUCUUCCAUCUCUUUAGUUCUACCACCUGAUUAGUGUAUUCCCAAAAUUUCUAAUUGAUGCUUUAUAGUUGUAAGUAUUGAUUUUAAGGUACAGGUGUAUUUGACCUGUUUCAGAAGUGUUUCAUGCAGUAACAACUUAAUGCCAUAGUAGUUGGUGUGCUGAGAGGGUAAAGUGAAUCCCACAUGCCUGACAAGCUGUUAGGGACAGUGUGGAUGCAGCAUAUUGUAUACUAACUCUCUUGGUACAGAAGAAGACAGCAUAACCUGCACUGCACUCAACCACCUUCACUUCCCCAACUGUGAACUCAGGUAGACGUUGACAGCUGGGUGGACUGGGAGUAAACCAGCAACCUGUAGGACAGGAAGUGAGUGCUGUGUUCACUCAACCACCAUACCCAUUAAUCACCUGAUGACCCCAACAUGCUGUGUAGUGAGUACACAGUUCACCUUGUGUAGCCCAGUGUGGCAUAAUUUGUAUACUGUACUGCGUUGAUACAAUGAUUUGUGUGCUUAAGGGGACCUGGCCUGUGGGUCAGUGGAGUAACAAGAUAACCAAUUAUUUUGGAUCAUGUAUCGGUGUUUCUCAUUGGAGGAAUUGGUGAGGCCAGUAUUAUUAUCCUCUCAUAGAGGUUCCUGCCUACUUAUUUCUGUUGAAGUGUGGAACAGGGAAGGCACCAAUUUGUGUAAUUAAGUAAGUGGAAUUGGGUCCCAUAGGCUUGAUGGCUCACUGUCAAUUUAAAAAUAUUUCCGUGGAUUCAAAUACAGUACACGGUAAAAUUUAAAGAGGUUGUUGUUGUUGCAAAUGUGGCCACUGUGUUGUGCGGUGCUUUAAUUGCCUGUACCUGUAUAGUACUUUUGCCCAGCCACUAUUGUCUGAUCCUUGGACUUGUAUUGACACUUGUUCACCAUUAUGUUUAUGUUUCAUCAACUUUUAUCCUUGUGAACAUAAGUCAUGUGGCAUGAUGGGCAGUUUGGAUACAUUACACUGUAUGCUUAAGCCUUUUGUACACAAAAAGUCAGAUGGCUAGCACUGCACUUAACUUCAUAUCCUAAACUGUAAAGUUAGGUAGCCUCUUACAGCUGGGUAACCUGGGGAUUGUCUGAGCAGAAGCCGGUUUCUUUAAGAUAGGAGGUGAGCACUGUAUCCACUCAGCCCUUCACCCUCAUAAUGUUUUCUAUUAAGACAUUGGUUCCUCAUCCAUAGGGUGACUCAUGUUCACCAUAAUGUUGAUUUUUUUUUUUACCCUUACAGUUGGUUGUAGUAAGUGGCCGGUGAUAUUUAUUGUGGUGCUGCACGGGUGAACUACAAACAUGUUCACUAAGAAAUAAAUAAAACAAAUGUAAAUACUGAGUGAGCAGUAUGGGUCCCAGUACUGUACACUGUAAUACUGAAACAAAAAGCUUGAAGUAUCUGGAAACUGCUUCAUCCCAUCCUUGUUAGAUUAUCAGGGUUCACCAAAUAUUAGGAAGACUCAGUUUGUUAAAGUCAUUUCAGAAAUGUUCUGGUGCCUCUUCCUAGAAGUCUUGUUACAGCUUUUCUAAGCCCCACGUGUCCCUCGGUGCUGAAUAUAAUUGGUGUUAACCAAAUAGAAUAGUGAAAGUGGCAUCUCCAUAAUGAAGGGAUUAAAUGAUUGGACAACAGUUGACUGUCUGUGUCAGUCAUUGCUGGUCUCUGAACUCAACUCAGUGGUAUGGAGGAGCUUCAAGACAAGUACAGUAAUCUCUCACCAUCCAAUGGUUUUGGAGAUCCACACGUUAUAGUAUGCACACCAUUUACCAACCACAGUAUCUAGUGUUAUGUGUCCAUGAGUUUCCAUGGCCACUGCAAGAGAUUAUUGGCCCAGCACGGUGAGGAAGUUUGCUGGAUCAGGUCCAUCAAGUGGUUCACUUUGGUCACUUCAUAGUGUACUGUAUUAUGUUCCUCAGAUGACAAUUUAUCAUCAUCACUUUCCCAGGUCCUCUUCCUUUCCUAACCUCUUUAAAGCAGUUUACAUUUUUCCAGCCAUUAUAUGCUGGGAUGGCUUUCUACUGUCCUGGUAGUAGUCGUCACUUAAACACUCUUAAAGUCGGGAGCUGGGGCGGCGGCCGCACCCUUCGUGAUCCAGGUAAGGCCACUCGGCUCACUGAGUCACCAUCACGCAAAAGUGUUUAUAUCGUACAGUAUACUGUACUGUACUUUUAUUGAUGAAAUAUGUUCUAAAUAAGAUAAAAAAAAUAUUUCCUAAGUGAAGGAAAUUAAUUCAUUUAGCAUUUAUUUGAAGACUUGUGAUGACUUGUGUGCUGCAGUUUUCACAUUAACAACUUUACAUUUUGUUAUGCCACCAAAGAUUUUCAUUAUGCAGUAUAGCAGAAACUUGAUGGUCCUGUAUUUGCUCUUUAAGGAUUUGUUCUUUCACAGUGAAAUUAUUAAGGCACGGUUGUCAGAUUGUGGUCAAAGUGCUUGACUAUUUGUGGGUCGGUACGAGACAAAGUACAGGAAGCGAAUAUCACAAGUUGGUUACGAAUUUAUCAGCUGGUCAAUUUGCCCCUCUCUCUUUUUUGUCUUCUUCUCUGUCACUCUUUUGCAGCUAGUAUUAAUAGUCCUUCAUUUUUAGAAUACUUUACAAGUGAGAGUUCAUAUGAUGGUCAUCAGGUAAUUAAAGUCAAUAUAAAAACACAAUUUAUUAAUAAAAGUAGAAACACUUUUAUUCCCUUGUGUAUGGCUCCUCUCUGAGUUGAAUAAAAUUAUCUGUUAUUACCAAAAUAAAGGUAAAAUAUUAAAAGUAGCAGCCCCACAGUGAGCUGGGUGGCUGCCCACUGACCCGGAACAUUAAUUAAGCUGGUAAUAUUCCUGAGUUAACUUGUUAAUUUUGGAAGUACAAUACAAUACUGUUCAGUAUUUCAUUUUUUUUCUUUGUUUAAUAAUUUGUGAUCAUAUACUUACUGUAAGUUUCAGUCUUGGUUCAUCUGGGAAGCAGUGUGUCAAAUGGGGGCGUUCAGCACAGUACAGUAUUGGCGACACAUCCCCUAGGGUUAACCUUCAUCAUGUAAGGUGCCGGGUGAUUUUUAGAAUUUUUUUGAAGGGGCAAAAUUAGUGGGCUUAUAUGGUGGGUAAUAUAGUCAUCAAUCAAAAGAGCCAUUCUCUUAUCUGAGGCUUGGCAACCACAGUCUUCCACUCUAAACAUUUUUGAGUUGUUUGCUAUUUCAGAUAAAAGAUGGGAUUUGUUGCAUUAGAAUUGUAAAUAAAUUAACUAUAAAAAAUUUUAUACGAGUAAUCACGCAUAGAAGGCAUCAGGAGACACCACAUGAGGCAUGAUUCAAAACUCUCACAACACUUAUGAAUAAAUACAAUCAAUGUAAUGAAGUGCAAAUCAGCACAAGCUGUGAGAAAAUGCAUAGAUAAAUGUAGGUCAAAAUUAUGUCCUGUGUUGUUGAAACACAAAGAGAGACUGGUGUGGUAACCUAAACUUGGAGGGCAAUCUACAUAGUUGCCAGAUCACGCCAAUGUUGCCAUAUGCGUGUCUUGCGUAUCUAGUGUUCAUACGCAAACAUAAAAUUAUUUUAUUUUAAUAUUUGAGUUCAUACGCAAAUUUGUGUAUGAAAACCCUAAAGCGAUAAUUUAUAUCAUAUGCAAUCUUCGUAUGAAAAUCCCAGGAGUGUUAAUUCAACAAACUCUGGAGUCAGUACAUGCCCAGUAACCUGCCAACAGUGUGUAACAGAGACGUGACAGACUGCCCAAGCGGCUAAUAGGCUGAUUAGUGGUGAAGAGGAUGAAGUACAGUUAAAUAAAACCAAGAAAAUUAUAGAAAUAAAAACAGAUUCAUACUACUGUACAUCCAAGACACCAUUUGUUUUAGGAUAACUGAGAAGUGCAGCUGUCAAAUGUAUAAAGCUGAAAUGAAUGUAUUCUGAUAGGACCAAUUCUUACAUGUACUGUGUGUUCUCUGUCCUUAUGUGUAUGAUCUCAAGUUAACUUUUCACUGUCAUGAGAUUUCAAGGUUGAUUCUCAAUAAGUGUCAUUUCUCCAUCCAAAAUUGAAACUGAUCAAAUUAAUUUUUUAAUAACUUUUCUAAUAAGAAGAAACCUAAGGGUUCCAUAACUGAUGCAACAUAUCUUCAAAAAGAUUAUUAGAUAUUGAAAAUUGGUUGUUAUUAUUAGUUAAUGUGAAAAAUUUAUUAAUUUGUAAUUGUGGAGGUAUGAAAGUACAGUACGUAUUGACGUAAAUAACUUAAAUGGUGCCAGAGGUAUUUCAAACAUAUAAUUCUUGUAGUGUAACAAUUUUCAAGCACCAAUAUAACUCAUAUUACUUUACGUAUACCCGGUAUGUGAACUGUAACACGUACGGAAAACCUUGAAGGGUAUAAAAGUUCAUACAUGGGUAGCUGUUGUGAGGCAGAGUGUUAAGGCCAUGGAGUCAGGGGGACUGCUCUAUUAAUCUUUGUACAGUACAGUAUUUUUAUAUAGUAGGAUAAUUUUUUUUUUUUUUAAGAAUAUCAUACACCCUGUGGUACAUAUUUUUAACCUUGAGGACUUUAGGUACCAAAUGUCUCAUAGGGAUCACUUCCCCUAACCAUGCAUUUAUCAUUUGACUCUGCCUUUGAGAACCAUGGGCGAAUCCUAUAACAUAACUCUUGUGGUUGGUGAGGGAUUACUGUAGGUAGGUUCUUUUCCUUAACACGAUCAGGUGCUUGUACCAUCAACAAGGUCCUGUUUCAUCCCUAAACAAAGUAGUUUCUCUUGUGUUGAGGCUCUCCUGCCAAACUCACUCUGGGUGGACAUUGAGACUUAAUCUGGUCAUGCUAGAUGUUAUCUGAGAUGACACUGAUGACACCACUACCACUUUUUAUGGCUAUUUUUCAUGCUUGUGUGGGUCAGCAUGAUUACUAAAUGACAGUUUCCCAGUUGUCACCGGGCAAUUUGAAGCCAAUUUUGUGGCUGGACACCCUUCAGAACACCAACCUACAUAACUGAGUAGAAACUAGGCAUUGUAUGUAGGACUUCCAAGCGCCCUCUCAGCUGGCAAGGUAGAGAUUUUUACAUACUUGAACUGAACAGAUCAUCUAACUACUGUGUGAGAAACUUAUUGUAAUUUAUUAGUGUAUGUCUCAUCUGUGGGUUUUUUCACUUCCUCCAAGUGUGAAUGAGGGCAUCACUGGCUCCCUAGGUCACAACCCUGAGUUUACACUUACAUGAGGGUAUUCUUGGUUUACACUUGAAGAUAUCCUCAGGUUUACACUUGACUGGAAAUUCUCAUUAACGUAGAGUAUGAUUCAAAGAACUUCAAUGUACGAGGAGCCAGCGUGACUGACACUGCACAUGACUGCCUUCAUUCCCUCAAGUGUGAAGUUAGGUACCCAUUUACAACUGGGUGGAUUGAGGGUGUCACAGGAUUUAAUCAGUGACCUCUGAGGCAGGAGGUGAGUGCUGUAGCCACUCUGCCACCACACUCAUAAGGUCAUGAAGGUACAGUACAUAUCAAGUGUUGUAUACAGUAUAUAUAUAUAUAAGUGUGUAUGAUUUUUCCCAACGUGUUACAUUAGUGUAUUAAAAUUAUACUUUGGGUAUUUAACAGUGAUAAUUCCACAGUCAGUAGUAGUAGAUGCUAUUAAUUAAUUGUUCACAUAAUGCUCCUGUAGUUUACUUAUGUUAACUUACUUAUAGUACACUUCAUGAACCAAAGUCAGUAAGAUUAUAUUACUUAUAAAUAUCAUGAAACAUUUAACUGUUUGUAAAAUAUUAUAUUAUGUUAUUUGGUCCAGAUUUUUACCAUUAUACAUGUUAAAAAAAUGAAUUUCCACAGAGACAUUUUUAGGAGGAAAACUUUUAGGACAUUUUAAGGAUUUCUUUUAGGAAGUUUUAAGAAAAAUGUUUUAAGGACAAUACAGUAUUUUAAAGGAUGGACUUAAAAUUUGUCAUCUUGAAACUGAUUUUAAGAAAUUUUUGAGGUUAUUUUUCCCUCAUAAUUUUUAAGUAACAUUUAUCUUAUUUACAGCAUUUUUAACCAUUGA